UGGUGCAAAUUACAGUUGGUGGACAGAGGAACCCCCCCUGUGGAAAACCAUGGGCGCGUACUUGGGUCGGAUUGUCUCAGACACCAAAGCAUCGAGGAUGAGGAAAUCAGCGCAUGCGAACACCACGAGAGCCACAGUAUUCCUUCAGGCAGUUGGGCAGCGGUACGAGCAAUGGUUAAGGGUUUGUUCUUGGCCCCCCGAAAGAUGGAGAGGGUGGUUGGUGGCGUCUCCAUGGGUCUGGCCCUGACUGAGCGUUGGUUGAGCUGAGAGUUUCCAGGUAAAUUUCUCGCUCCUCCACCUCGUCUUGAGAUGAUGAUCAAGCCCGCAGACGAGCAUAGCAAGCCAGAAGCAAGCUAACUCACCUACUAACUGGGCACCUCUCGACUGCCAACCACCUGGGGAUCCCGUUGAAAGCCCAAGCCAACUUUUUUUUUACGAGCUUGAAAGGUUUUCUGCUGUUGAUAUAGAGAUCAACAGUUCUAUAGAAAAGGAUUCAACUUGUGAAUUUGUGAACCUGUUGCACCCAUAGAACCUUUAGUGUAAUGGUCCUAUUCAGGAGAGUGAUUUUGUGAUGCCAAUUCUGGGUGCCGUGGUUAUGGAUACGGACCGUAUCAUCCCCAAGAAAGGUUCCCCGGAUUCUGGGGUGCACGGAGCCAAUUCAUCGAACGGAAGCCUGACUCACGGAUUCGUCCCGGCCCAAACAUCGGCCAUGGCCAGGAAGAAGAAGUCCGAGCGAAUCGCACCAACCCUGAAUCAUGCCGGACUCAUCCGAGAAGCCUCCAUGAACGAGCUCAACCAUUUUAGGAAUGAACAAGACAUGCUCAUGCAAUCCGAUUUGGGAUUAACCAAUCUCGGUUACUCCCAGGACCACAGCGUCAUGUCCUCGAUCAACGAUAGUAAUCGAUUAAAUGCAACGAGAGAAACAAAUGCCGACUCGGAUGAAUUGCAAGAAGUGAUUGAAGUUCAAAUUCUCCCUCAAGACGACAAUUGGGGUGAAACCGCCACUGCAGUAACAAACGCCUCAGACUUGGAUUAUGCUCAAGGAGGAGAAUCCAUGGACAAGUGGAAAAUGGACUCGGGUGGCAGGGGUCUACGUUGUCAACGCUAUUUCAUGACCACUUUCGUGACCUUGAUCUCAUUCCUGGCGUUCAUCAGCCCAAUCCUCAUGGUGUCCUUGCCCUCAUUUGGCAUCUUGGAUCUCCGGGAACAACAGCUCUAUUGUGGGGUGGAAUGCGAUGGGAUGCUCGUGUCCCUUGCUUUCAAGAUAUUUGUCUUGGCCGCCGGGAGCUGGGCCAUGUUUGCUCGACAAUCACGGGCCACCCUUCCCCGAAUCCGGAUUUUCCGGUCGCUCGUGUGCUUGCUCAUCAUCAUAUUCCUGGUCUCUUUCUGGUUGUUCUACCUUCAUCAUGUCUACACGGAGAAGGAAGUGGUCCAUUACAAGGGACUCGUCCAGUUUGCACUGAAUCUCAUGGAUGCCCUCUUGUUUGUGCACUAUUUGGCUAUCCUUCUGAUGGAAAUUCGCCAUCAGGAGCCACGAUACUACAUCAAGAUUCUCAGAUCUCCGGACGGCGAGUCCAAGGGUUUUCUCAUUGGUCAAAUGUCCAUUCAGAGGGCAGCUUCCUGGGUAUUGGACAAGUAUUAUACCGAAUUUUCGCUCUACAAUCCAUUUUUGGAUCGCAUUUUGAACAACCAGGGCUCAAGAAAUCGCAAGUCAGUCAAAGUUUACGAUGUCGACGGAGCUGGGACCAACGUCAAUGACUGUAAUUCAACCGUAGUGAGUGUGGCCUCAAAAAGAGGUCAUCAUCAGGAUCGGCUGAUGGAGGAAUAUGAACAUAACCGCAAAGUGGAGAAACGCAAAGCCAGAUUACUUGGCGCUGCCGAAGAAGCUUUCACGCAUAUUAGGCGAAUCCGACCCAAUCAAAGUGGAGAGAAAUCCCCAAUGGAACCGUACGAUGCCGCUCAGGCCAUUUUUCCAACUUUGGCGCGACCUCUACAGAAAUAUUUGCGAGCCACGCGACAACAACCUCGUCAUACCAUGGAAUCCAUUCUGAAACAUCUAUCCACUUGCUUGUCCUAUGAUUUAUCGCCACGGGCUUUCCUUGAGAGAUAUCUGGUCACAUCCCCCGUGUUACAGAGCGACAAGGAGUCUUCUCGAGAACUCCAAAGAUGGUCACUCGUAUGCGAAAAGUCUCUCUACAGAGAGCUUGAACCUGGGGUCUCGUUUCAAUUGCGUCAAGGCGAGGUGUCCUUGAUGUGUCAAAUCCAACGGUUACCCCAUUUAUACAUGUCUGAGGAGAUCAUCGAUCCCAGUUCCAAUCGGUUCGUUCUGAGGAUUAAUUCCGAGACCUCUGUUUAAAUACAACUCGGCUCACUCAAUCGUGCCUCUUCAAACACUGUGAUAUCGUCCCAUUGCUUCAACAUCCCGUAUUCUUACUGAUCAGUAUUCACCCGUAAUAAGUACAUACGUAACCAUCGUUUAUGAACUGAAAAUGAAUAAAAGUAUUCGAUAGCUA